AUGGCGAGUGACACCGAGAGAUGUAUUUUUCGUGCAUUCGGUCAAGAUUUUAUCUUAAAUAAACAUUUUCAUUUGACAAGUAAGAUUGGUCGCGGUUCACACGGCCUCAUAUGUUCUUCGACUUAUUCAGAGGCGAGUGAGGAGACUACCGUCGCUAUCAAAAAAAUACCCAACGUGUUUGCCAAUAAACAAUCUUGUAAGAGAACUCUUCGUGAAUUAAAACUACUAAGACAUUUAAGAGGUCAUCCAAAUAUAGUGUGGCUUUUUGAUACUGAUAUAGUUUUCUAUCCGAAUGGAGCAUUAAAUGGCGUUUAUUUAUAUGAGGAACUAAUGGAAUGUGAUCUUUAUCAAAUUUUAAGGUCCGGACAACAGUUGGAAGAUUCGCACUUUCAAAGCUUCAUAUAUCAGAUACUGUGCGCUCUGAAAUACAUACAUUCUGCUGAUGUUUUACACUGUGACCUGAAACCAAAGAACUUACUUGUUAAUAGUGAUUGUCAACUAAAAAUUUGCAAUUUUGGUCUAUCGUGCAGUUAUUCAGAAAACCACGAAGAAAAUAACCGCUUCAUUACGAGUCGUAUAGCCUCGAUGUGGUAUAGAGCACCAGAAAUCUUGCUGAGUUAUCGAGAGUACACAAAAGCUGUCGAUAUUUGGUCAACGGGCUGUAUCUUGGCGGAACUACUGGGUAGAAAACCUAUAUUUGACGGAAAAGAUUAUGUAGAUCAAUUGAACCAUAUUCUGCAAGUACUUGGAACUCCAUCGGAGGAAACGCUACAGGAAAUUGCCUCUCAGAAGGUGCAUAAUUAUAUCCUUCAGUUCGGUAAUAUACCAGGAACAUCGUUUGAAAACAUAUUACCCAGAGCUAAUCCAGAAGCGCUUGCACUGCUAAAAAAAAUGCUAGAAUUUGAUCCUAAACUACGGAUUACUGUAGACGAGGCAUUAGAACAUCCUUAUUUGUCAGUAUGGCAUGACAUAGACGAUGAACCCUCAUGUGAAAAAACCUUUAGAUUCGAAUUUGAGCGUAUCGAAAAUAUGGUGGAACUAGGAAACCAAGUCAUAAAGGAAGUAUUUGAUUUCAGGGAAGUUGUUAGGAAACAUCCCGUUAGUGGCGAUUUCUCAUCCUCAUCCCCAUCCUCAGAGGACGCCAUUCCUCAGGAGGUUGUAGAAGUCCAUCGCUCAAGGAAUGUCUUACCCAGUUAUAAUCCUGAAAAUUCCGAUGUAAAUCAACUUCCAUCACUAACUACAGCUCAUUCAUACCAAAACUUUCUGAAAAUAAGCGCCAACUCAUUUCAAGGCGUCAACGAAAAGGGAGACACCUUCGAACGGGAUACUCGGCAUAAAAGUAGGGAGUUAGUAGACAGAGUUACAGAGUCAAAUAAAGCAGAAAUGGGCUCAGCUUCAUCAUCUCCCCCAGGGCACGAUACAGAUUUCAAUAAUGACACAAAUCAAAGUGCAAAUGAGGAUGACAGUGUUUUUAUCUUAGACCUAGAAAGGGAACUUGAGUUCAGUUUAGAAAGUAAAUUUUUAUAA